CACCUACACGGCUCUGAAAGGAGGGAGCAGAAAGCCGGGAACUGCAGUAGAGGAACGCAGCCUUCCUCCGCCUGCUCGUUCCUUACAAGAGUGGGAAGAGAGAUACCCUGAGGAGGAGGAGGAAGAGGAGGGAAAGGCGUUCGUCAUCGGUCGCGCUGUCCUUUUGCCCAGCCGCACGUAGAAGAGGGAGGAAGAGGUCGGCGAGGCAAUCAGAGGCGUUCUUGGAUGGUCGCUUCCCUUCCGCAGCUGUUUGGUAAUAGCCUAUCUCCCUCCUUCCUUCCUUCCUUCCUUCCUUCUUCCUUCCUUCCCCAUUCGAUUCCAGGGGAUCAGGAGGCUGAAGCUGCACCAUAUAUAGCCAGGGCUGCCUGCUUUAUUGAUUGACUUGCAUUUCCAGCAUCUCCCCCGCCCCCUUUGGCGCUGCAGCGGCGGCAGCACCAGCACUAGCAGCAGCCCGGAGAGGGAAAGGAGGUGGACAGUUGAGAGACUGCGGAGAAGCUGCCCUGGAGACAUGGCGGACCGAGGCCUCUGAAUAAGCAAAAAUUGAGCGCGGGGGUGGGGAGGGGAACGAAACAGGCUCCCUCCCGAUUUCUCCUUUCCCUCCUUCCCCAGCGCAAUUAUGCUGUCCCGAAGUGGAGCGGCCGAAGGACAAACGGUGCAGCAGCUUUGGGGAGCCUUGGACUCCUUCCCCUCGCAUCUACUUCUUAAUCUUGCAUCCCAUCCUCUCCCUUGGCCUUAAGCUGAGGUAGCUGGCUGCUUCCCAACAACAUCCAGGGCGAAUUGCUAUCCACCCCUCCAUCCAUCCUGUGGCUGCCUUCAUCCCUCCCUCGCCCUCCCUUCCACUUCUUCCCAUCUGUCUCCAUCCUUCUUCCUUCCUCUCAUUCUCUAUCUCUUUCUCCUGUUGCUCCCCUCCCCCCACCUCCUCCCUGGCUGCCACCACCGUCCUCCAAAGCCAUGGCUGCAGAAAAGAUCUUGGAGACUGUGGAUCACUAUAAAUCUGAGAUUGAGCGCUUGACCAAAGAACUGACAGAGACCACCCAUGAAAAGAUCCAGGCGGCUGAAUAUGGACUGGUGGUCUUGGAAGAGAAGCUGACCCUUAAACAGCAGUAUGAUGAGCUAGAAGCUGAAUAUGAUGUCCUCAAACAGGAGCUGGAGCAGCUGAGAGAGGCCUUUGGACACUCAUUCUCAGUCCACCGUAAAGUAGCGGAAGAUGGUGAGACCAGGGAAGAGACACUACUUCAGGAGUCGGCAUCAAAGGAAGCUUAUUACCUUGGGAAGAUUUUGGAAAUGCAAAACGAGCUGAAACAAAGUAGAACUGUGGUUACCAACGUUCAAGCAGAGAAUGAACGGUUGACAGCAAUUAUGCAGGACUUGAAAGAGAACAAUGAAAUGGUGGAGCUGCAGAGAAUUAGGAUGAAAGAUGAAAUCAGAGAGUAUAAAUUUAGGGAGGCGCGGCUUCUUCAGGAUUACACUGAACUUGAAGAAGAAAACAUUACUUUGCAAAAGCUGGUUUCCACACUGAAGCAGAAUCAGGUUGAAUAUGAAGGCUUGAAACAUGAGAUAAAACGAUUUGAGGAAGAGACGGUGUUGCUUAAUAGCCAGCUAGAAGACGCCAUCCGGUUGAAAGAGAUUGCAGACCAUCAGCUAGAGGAGGCCUUGGAGACAUUAAAGAAUGAAAGAGAGCAGAAGAAUAAUCUGAGGAAGGAACUGUCUCAGUAUAUCAAUUUAAAUGAUAGCAUGUAUAAUAAUCAUAUUAAUAUCUCAGUAGAUGGAUUAAAAUUUGGAGAAGAUGGGAAUGAACCUAAUAAUGAUGACAAAAUGAAUGGACACAUUCAUGGACCUCACAUGAAACUGAAUGGGGAUUUUCGGACUCCCAGCGUCAGGAAAGGAGAAUCUUUGCACCCGGUCUCUGAUCUCUUCAGUGAGCUGAACAUCUCUGAAAUGCAGAAACUGAAGCAGCAGCUCAUGCAGGUGGAGCGCGAGAAAGCUAUUCUGCUGGCAAAUCUUCAGGAAUCUCAGACCCAGCUGGAACACACCAAAGGGGCCCUCACUGAGCAGCACGAACGGGUCCAUAGGCUCACUGAACAUGUCAACUCAAUGAGAGGUCUGCAAAGCCACAAAGAGCAGAAAGAUGUGGAUUUUGAGAAAGGCCGGGAUUCUGGGGAAGAAACCCAUGAUUAUGAAGUGGACAUAAACGGCUUAGAGAUCCUAGAGUGUAAAUACAAGGUAGCUGUUACUGAGGUGAUCGACCUCAAAGCCGAAAUCAAAGCCUUAAAAGAGAAGUAUAAUAAAUGUGUGGAAAGCUACACUGAAGAAAAGGACAAGUAUGAGAGCAAGAUCCAAAUCUACGAUGAGCAGGUAUCCGGCUUAGAAAAGUCAACAAAGGAAAGCCAUGAGAAAAUGAUGCAGAUGGAGAAGGAACUGCAAAGGAUUACAGGCAUCGCCAACGAGAACCACAACACCCUCAAUGCCGCUCAAGAUGAGCUGGUGACUUUCAGUGAAGAGCUCGCUCAGCUCUAUCAUCAUGUCUGUCUCUGCAACAAUGAGACGCCCAAUAGGGUUAUGCUGGACUAUUACAGGCAAAGCCGAGUUACUAGAAGCGGGAGCUUGAAGGGGCCUGAUGAUCCAAGAGGACGUCUAUCUCCCCGCCUUGCCAGGAGAGCAACGGUGCUCCCUGUAGAAGCCAGGGCGCCAACGGAACAGGGUUCAAAAGAGAACACUGAAGCCAAUAAAGAGCCAAGUCCAACAAAGACCCCCACCAUUUCUCCUGUCAUUACAGCCCCUCCUUCCUCCCCAGUUUCUGACACCAGUGACAUUCGGAAAGAGCCGAUGAAUAUUUACAACCUCAAUGCCAUAAUACGGGACCAAAUCAAGCAUUUGCAGAAAGCGGUAGACCGGUCGCUGCAGCUGUCCCGGCAGCGCGCAGCGGCCCGUGAACUGGCACCUAUGAUUGAUAAGGACAAGGAGGCUUUGAUGGAAGAAAUAAUGAAAUUAAAGUCCCUGCUGAGUACAAAACGGGAGCAGAUAGCAACCCUCAGGGCAGUGUUGAAAGCCAACAAGCAGACAGCAGAAGUGGCCCUGGCCAACCUGAAAAAUAAAUACGAGAACGAGAAAGCCAUGGUAACAGAAACAAUGACUAAACUGCGCAACGAAUUAAAAGCUUUGAAAGAAGAUGCAGCAACCUUCUCAUCCUUGAGAGCCAUGUUUGCAACCAGGUGUGAUGAGUAUGUCACCCAGUUGGAUGAGAUGCAGAGGCAAUUGGCAGCUGCAGAGGAUGAGAAAAACACCUUAAAUUCUUUGCUGAGGAUGGCUAUCCAGCAAAAACUCGCCCUGACUCAACGCUUGGAAGACUUAGAGUUUGAUCAUGAGCAGUCCCGGCGGAGCAAAGGCAAACUUGGGAAAACCAAAAUCGGCAGCCCUAAAGUAAGUGAGGAGGCAUCAGCCACCGUGUCAACCAUAGACACUUUCCUCCUGCAUAGUCAGGGCCCACAACCACCAAACAUACUGGUCAGCAGUGGCACUCAGAGGAAAAGACAAUUCUCACCUUCCCCUUGUGAUCAGAGCCAUUCCAGGACUUCAGGGACCUAUCUACUGCCUUUAUUAAGAGCCCCCCCAGAUCACACCUCCACAGAGUCAUUUCUUCUGAGGGGUCCCAUUUCCAUGAAUGAAUCCUUCCAUGGGCACCGUCUCAGCAAGGAAAAAAGGUUAACCGAACCCAUCCCAGUCGUGGCUCCAGUGCAACGUUUCCCAGUACGGGACAUCUCUCAUGAGGAACACUUGAAAGCCAUUUUGAUGGAUUUGGCAACUAGGCCCAAAACAUGUUACCAAAUACAAGGUGGGGGUAUUUUUAAUUAUAUAAGUAAUUCCACCACCACUAAUAAUUACUUUGUUGGAUUGUGCUAAAGUUAGUCCCAAGAUACUGUGUCUUUGGUGGAAAUAGGUUGAACUGAUAUAUUUUAAAUGUUAAAUGCAAGAGACUAAUAGCCCAACACCCCUUUUCCAAUUACUCUCUUGUAACUUCUUGUAGUCCAUAUUUUUGCUUUAUUGUUCCACUCAAAUGUAGAGAAGUUUGUUUGAAUACCCUUUUAAUGUUUCAAAGCAAAGUAACAUAGAAUAAAAUGUUCCAGGGAAAUAUUAUAUAUAUAUUAUUUUUCUUUAUAAAGGCAAAUAAAGGGAAAACGGCCUUUUCCUUAUUUCCAUUAAAUAAUAUUUCCAUUAAAAAUGCCUGUAGGAACAAAGAAAACGAAAUACAGUGAGGGUUAGGAUCUGUACUUCCAGAGACAUAGAGAAUUGAAAAGAACAUCUUUUACAACACUGGCAGCACAAUCUCAGAGACUGAUUCAUUUGGUUAUUCUUCCUUUUCUAAAUUACAAAUACAAAUAUCAGCCAAGAAAAAAAAAUUACAAAUAUGAAAGAAAUAAGAUUCUAUUCCAGCAUUUUUUAAUCUUGGCAACUGUAAGAUUUGUGGACUUCAACUCCCAGAAUUCUCCAGCCAAUAUGGAAGUACUUAAAUCCUGGGAAUUGAGUUCACACAUCUUAAAGUUGCUAGGGUUGCAAUACACUGCUCUAUUCAGCUACACUCUACACAGAGUAGAUAUGGGGAAGAAGCAGCAGCAACACCAACAGCUUUUCCUUCUUUCAGAUUGAGGGGAGGACAAUCUUUCCCCAAAAGAGUGCCUAUUGCAGUAACUGGGGUCUAUAGGUGUAAGAUGACCUCAUAGUCCCCAUACAAGGGCUAUGAUGCUGAAAAUACCCAGUAUAUAUGCUCACAGUAAAGUCAUACACAUGAACUUCUGAGUUAUUCCACUUUGUCUAUCUCUUUAUUAAGGCUGUUAUCUUGAAAGCUCAGGAUCUUCACCCUGUGUCCAGGCCUGAUAAACCACACCACAUAGGUG